AUGAGUAGCGCACACGAUUCCGUCUCCAAGCAAAUGGACGUCCAAACCGAUAUUGUCACAUUGACGAGGUUUAUCUUGCAAGAACAACAAAAAUUGGCCCCCAAUGCCACUGGUGAGUUGAGUUUAUUGUUGAACUCGUUGCAAUUUGCAUUCAAGUUUAUUGCCCACAACAUUAGAAGAGCUGAAUUGGUUAAUUUGCUCGGUGUUUCAGGCACUGCCAACACCACUGGUGAUGUUCAAAAAAAACUUGAUGUUAUUGGUGAUGAAAUUUUCAUCAAUGCCAUGAAGAGUUCUGGUAAUGUUAAAGUUCUUGUUUCUGAAGAACAAGAGGAUUUGAUUAUUUUCCCAGGAGGUGGUCGUUAUGCUGUUUGUACCGAUCCAAUUGAUGGUUCAUCCAAUAUCGAUGCUGGUGUUUCAGUUGGUACCAUUUUUGGUGUAUACAGAAUUGCGGAAAAUUCAUCUGGCUCAAUUAGCGAUGUUCUUAGAAAGGGAACUGAAUUGGUUUGUGCCGGUUACACCAUGUAUGGUGCAUCAGCUCACUUGAUGUUGACCACUGGAAAUGGGGUCAAUGGGUUCACGUUGGAUACUCAAUUGGGUGAAUUCAUUCUUACUCAACCAAACUUGCGUAUUCCUGAAAGUAGAGCCAUUUACUCAGUUAAUGAAGGUAACUCGUAUUACUGGCCAGAAUAUGUCAAGAAGUAUUUCGAAGACUUGAAAAAACCACAAGAAAAUGGCAAACCAUAUUCUGCUAGAUACAUUGGUUCAAUGGUUGCUGAUAUCCAUAGGACUUUAUUGUAUGGUGGUAUUUUCGCUUAUCCUGGGGAUAGCAAGUCCAAAAAUGGUAAGUUGAGAAUACUUUACGAAGGUUUCCCCAUGGCCAUGUUGUUGGAACAAGCUGGUGGUAAAGCUGUUAAUGACAAGGGUGAAAGAAUUUUGGAAAUCUUACCUAAAGGAAUCCAUGACAAAUCCAGUGUUUGGUUAGGAUCUACAAAGGAAAUUGAGAAAUUUGAAUCUUAUAUUCCUAAAUAG